AUGGCCUGGCCAAUAGUGAACCAUCGCGACGUCAUGCUCCCCAUGGCCAACACGGCCGCAGGAAGGGGACCAGAUCUCACAUCGGCAAUGGCCAAGUCAAAGCCACCGACCAUGCCAUCGGGGUUCAAUCCAGACCCCACCACAGGCAGAACUGACAGACAGUCAUCUGUCAUUCCUUCUACAGAACAAUUCAGCAGAGGAGGUGGCGGAUUCAAGCCUAUCUCCGAGAAGCUAGACAUCAAUCCUGUAAAUGGCACAAUGUCGCUGGCACUACCCAUCCCCAUCGACCAAGGUCGCUCCAAUUUCGGGCCGACACUCAAUCUCCUGUAUGAUUCCGGCACAGGCAACGGCCCUUUCGGCUUUGGCUGGAGCCUCUCGGGAGAAGCCAUCACCAGGCAAGCCUCGCGGUGCGUGCCGAAGUACAAUGCCGACGAUGUCUUUGUGCUCUCGGGCCAGGACGAUCUCGUUGCAGCUCAAGAGGCAGCAGCCGUACGAUUGGACAAAACCUCAGGUCAGCAAUUCUCGGUUCAGCUCUACCGGCAAAGAAUUGAGACAGAAUCAAACAAGAUCGAGAAGUGGACGUGCCGUGAUGAUGAAUCUAAUACGCACUGGAGAGUAAUCUCGGGCGACAAUGUCACGGCGGUGUAUGGUCAAGACUCGGCCUCGCGCAUAUUCGAGUCCUCAAACGGGGUUGUGCACAUCUUUUCAUGGCUCAUCUCGUCUCGCUACGACAGCAAGGGGAAUGCGAUUGAGUACAUCUACAAGGAUGAGGACACAGCUGGUGAGCAGUCCGAGACCUCUGGUAACAACAAGUACUUGAAGCGAGUUAGAUACGGCAAUACACAGCCAAAUCGAGACCUGGAUGACUGGGGCCUCGUUGUAACACCCUCAGAAUGGGUCUUCGAAGUGGUCUUUGACUACGGAGAGCACUCCAUAGAUUCGGGACGCCUAGAGGAAGUGGCCACUUGGCCGCUGAGAAAGGAUCCUUUCUCACGCUUCACGUCCGGCUUUCAAAUUCGGACCCGGCGUUUGUGUCGCAGUAUCGUCGUCCUGCAUCACUUCCAAGAUAAGACUGGUGAGCAGGAUACGAUUGUGUCGAGUAUCACACUCGACUACCACGAAUCAGAGCAGGGAUCUCUGUUAACGGCCUUUACCCACCAUGGCUUCAUGGUAACCGGAAACAAUCAGUCGGUCAGACAGUCGAUGCCGCCUUUUCAGUUCGAUUACACGGUCGGCCCAAGUCCUUCCAGCCUCCAGCUCGUAUCAUGUACCCCUCUCGAUCUCCAAAACGUGCCCACAGCUGGGAGUUGGUCAUCCGAAGCAAGGUGGGUAGAUCUCUACUGCGAAGGCUGCCCCGGGCUCCUGUACCAGGACCAAGGCGGUGGCUGGAUGUAUCAGCGAAAUGAAAGCGCUAUUCAGUCAUCUGAAGAUCUUCAAGGCGGAAACCUACGGUUUUCGGCCCCUGUCCUUCUCGGGGCACAGCCGAACCUCCAUGGCUCGAGCCAGACCUUUUUCUUCCAAGAUCUUAACAGUAGUGGCGAGCUGCAAAUUGUAACAAGGGACGAAAACGGGAGGAUGAUGGGGUUUUACGAGCGCAAAGACGGAUCUGGCUGGUUAAAUUUCCAGCCCUUCCAGGCGGUCGCAAAUAUCAGUGAUGGCCUUGACAACUUCAUGUCGGCUGACCUCACAGGUAACGGGCUGUCUGAUCUUUUCCGUGUCGAUGAGCUUACUCAGGACGUUGUUUGGUUCCCUUCACUAGGCAAGAAGGGCUUCGGCCCCCCUCAGAGCACACGGAGUGAGAGCAUUAGCCCCAUUUGGAGACGAAACGACCCAGGUGACGAGGCUUCUACGUAUUUGGCCGACAUGACAGGCGACGGACUGGCAGAUAUAGUCCUGAUAUCGAAUGGUGCAGUCUCCUACUGGCCAAACAUGGGCUACGGUCGGUUUGGCAAGGAAGUCCUGAUGAAAAAUGCUCCUUUCUUUGAGUCGCGAGACCUCUUUAACCGCUCCCGGCUGCACCUGUUGGAUGCAGAUGGGUGUGGGACAACAGAUCUGGUCUAUCUCCCGGCUGACGGAGGUGCCAUGAUCUACUACAACUUGGCAGGAAACGGUUGGAGUCACGGCGCUUUGCUUGCAGCAUUUCCGAAUACCGACUACCGGAGCUCUGUUUUUGCCUCAGAUAUUGUAGGAAACGGUUGUACAUGCCUUUGCGUGGCGGAUUCGGUCUCAGGGGUCACGGAGAUGAAGUAUGUGGACCUCGCAGGAGGAAACAAGCCAUACCUACUGAAGGGGUACAGUAACGGAUUUGGCUCUGUCACCACCGUGACUUAUCAGUCCUCGUUCAAAUACUACCUCGAUGACGAGAGGUCGGGCCAACCAUGGAGUACCAAGCUCCCAUUCCCUGUCCACUGCGUCAAACAACUGGGCGUUGUCGACGAGAUCGCGCAGACGAAGACAACAAAAACUUAUGCAUAUCGGGAUGGGAAAUUGUUCAAAAAGCCCCAAGUUCACGAAAGGUUUUGGUUUUUCACAGGCUCCGUGGAUUUUGAAACCGGCUUCAGUGCCAGCGCACCCGGAGAACUUUCAUUGACGCCAUAUCUGCUUCCAGACUUGGAUAGCGAGCAGUGUCAUGAAGUUUAUCGGGCUCUCAAGGGACUGGAGUACCGGCAGGAAACCUACAUGGAAGGACUCAAGUCAUCGUCGACAGCAAUCACAGCAACCGAGCAGGCAUACGAGGUGCUCCCGAUCAUCGCUGCAAGGGAGGGGCGUAGUGGCGUCUCGCGAGUGGUUCCAAGAGAGACACUUACACGCCACUAUGCUGUAGGCUCUCCGUCAGAUACAAAGAUUGAGCACAACCUGGUACUAAGUGUAAACACAUUCGGACAAGCCACCCAGACGGCGACGGUGUACUACGGUCGAAAGGCAGAGCAUGUCGAUAGGGAGUCGGAGCUGGACGACAAGCAGAAAGAGAUUCAAAAGAGGACCAUAAUUGUGCUACAAGAGACAGACUACACCAACGCGAUUGUCGACCCUGGCCUCUUUCGCAAGCCUGCGGUGUGCGCGACUCGACAGUAUCGACUUCUUGGACUGCAAGUCGCUAAGGAUACAUUGCUCCGUUUCAACGAUCUUGCCUCGUUCGACCACGACAUGUUCCCGGUCCUGCAAGAUAGCCCAUUGACCGGGAUGCUUCUGGAGAUGGAAGCGACAGGUCAUAACGCGCGAGUACUUCUCGGCGAGUCUCGCAUCCUGUACAGCUCCGACGAUCCCCUCGUUUGCCUAGAACAGGGCAAGCUGGAGCUGUGUUCGAUCGAGUAUCAGCAGUAUGACCUUGCGCACACAGCCUCCAUGGCAGCCGGGGUAUGUGCUCAUGUAGGAGUGGAAAAGCCAAGCGACGUGCAGACGGCUGCAGGAUACACGAAGCUCGAUUCAGAUGGAUCCUGGUGGGCCAGACGAAGCGCGGCUAGGGUUCAUCCCCGAGGUACUAAAGAUUCAUCGCUCAAGAGUGCCCGUGCCUCAUUCUAUGUUCCAAAUACAGUCGUUGAUCCGUUCGGCAACGAAUCCACGACGGUCUUUGAUGAAUAUUUUCUACUACCGAACAAUGUAACCGACUCAAUGGGCAGUGUCACGUCGUUCAUCAACGGCUACCGGCACCUUCGACCGGUGGAAACUCAAGAUCACAACCUAAACCAUCAACGUGUGCGUCUAGGUGCGUUUGGAGAGGAGCUCUGUCAUGCGCAGAUGGGAAAGAUGGGGCAAGACGUUGGGGAUAGUCUUGAGGGGUUCCUGGAUGUAGUCUCCGACAACGAUAUAGCUGCACUCAAGACAAUGUCCGGAGCAGAGACGGCCAGGGCCCUCCUCGGAAAGGCUGGAAGUCGGACUAUCUAUGAUGUAAACCAAUACGUCCGAGAGAAGGCGUCUUCAGACCGCGUAUCACCGGCCUCCAUAAUCCGCAUUGUCCGCCAAGACACGUUUCGCAAGGGUCCUUCAGAGAAGAUUGCGGUCCAAAUUCAGUACCUAUCUGGAGCUAGAAAGCCCAUCUCCGAGUUUGAAGCAGCUGACUACGGUGGCCCGUCUUUGAACUGGAAAGCAAGUCGGCGUACGCUCGACGGCGACGGUAAUAUCAUGCGCAGCUACCAUGACGAGUUUACGAAUUCUCCAGACUUCAAACCAGCUUCGGAGCUAGAUACUACAUUCACGAUAUCUUUCUAUGACGCGCUAGGCAGGAAAGUCGCAUCCCUCGACCCUGACCAUUGCUGGACUAAGGCGCAAUUUCACCCGUGGCGAACUGUGUCGUUUGACGCAGGUGAUACAGUUGGAUUCGGCCAGCCUUCGGAGGACCCGGAUGUUGGAAUCUUCUUCUCUCACCUUGAGCCUUCAUUACACAAAGGCUCGUGGCUUAAGACUAACUCUGCCUCCGAAGCCAAAGAGAAGAUAGAUGCUGCUCAUAAGUCAAUGGUAUAUCACAACACGCCAAACACCUUAUACGUUGAUCCCUUGGGGCAUAAAAUUGUCUCUACCACUCGAAAUGGUGACACAAUUGUCUCUGAGUCGUUUUUCUAUGACCUCAACGGCAACUGCGUAGAAAGUUGGGAUCCCAUGAAGAGGCUGGCAGCUCGAAACAGCUACGAUCUGCUGGGUGGCAGUGUGUAUAAGGGGUCCAUGGACGCAGGUGAGACGUGGUCCUUACUAGACUGCCAGGGACAAGUUCUUUAUAGCUCCAAUAGCCGUGAGCUGAGAACCCGCACCGUGUUUGACCAGCUGCGACGAAAGGUGCAGAUAUGGGUUCGUCAAGGGCAAGGCUCGGAGACUUUGGUGACCAAGUUCGAAUAUGGAGACGCCGGCAAGGACGGCCAGAAGUUGAAUCUACGGCGCCAGCUUGUGUCGGUCAGGGACCAAGCCGGACUACAUACUUUCGAUGAGUAUGAUAUCUAUGGAAAUGUCGUCUUGUACACGCGGAGACUUGCCAAGGCCUACAAGACUGACCUCGAUUGGGCCAAGCCGGACGAGAUUCUCCUGCUGCCGCCGGAGGUAUCUAGCUCAAUAUUCAACGCCAUAGGUGCACCCGUAGCAACCACGGACUUUGCUGGAAACCAGUCGUUAAUGGUUUACAACGCGGCCGGUAGGAUUGAGUCGCUAGCAUGGAAGUCUCAGGCUUCGGGAGUUCAGUCGAUAUAUCUAAAGUCUGCCACCUAUUCGGCAUUCCUCGAACCGACCAAGCUGGAGUAUAGCAAUGGGACCAUGACGAUGUAUGAGUACGACGCAUUGACCCAGAGAUUAAUCCGACAAAAGUCAACUCGAAGGGGAAAGAAAGGACAACAGCUACUCCAGGACCUUUCAUUCACGCACGACUGCGUUGGACGCAUCAUCAGGACUGAGGACAGAUGUCAGCACAUAACCUAUUAUAGUAAUCUUGUUAUCGAGCCCGUGGCGGAGUACGAGUACGAUUGGCUGGGACAACUUGUCCAAACAAGAUCGAGAGAGCAGAUCAGUCCCGGGGGCUUCAACCCCUAUAGUAACGAGCCAAAGCAGAAAUGUGGCAUGGAAGAAAACAACCCUGCUUCCAUGACCGAGUACGUGGAACGUUACAAGUACGAUCUAUGUGGUAACAUGAGCGAGAUGAAGCACGAAGGUGUCGACAAGCAAGUGGUACGAACAUGGACCAAGAGUUUCGUGUACGACGAAAAGAAAGCUCCCAGCUGCUUGGACGUCAAGGCCAAUAGUAACAGACUAACUUCAACUAUCGUGGACGGGCGAGAGACCCAUUGCGGCUACGAUGGCGAGGCGGGCAGAGUUGGGUGCAUUACGUCUAUGUCAGGCUACUAUGACAUGACAUGGGACUUUGAUGGUCGGCUUCGUUCAUCCUCCAGGCAGAAGGGUGGCAACGAGGUCACCUGGAAUAUAUAUGACUACACCGGGACCCGUGUACGAAAGGUCACAGAGAAGCUCAAGGGCCAGAGCAUGAUGAUACUGAAGGAUACGGUCUACUCCGAAAACGUCGAGGUCUACACGUACAACGGAGGCGUGUCGGGAACUUCUGUUCGCACAACAGGUGUCGUGCAUGCUGAGGGGCUAGAGAUUGCUCUGGUAGAGUCAACCGACAACGCCCCGGCCACUCCGCUCGUGCGGUUCCAGACUGGCCGUAAUAUAGAGACAGACGACAAUGGCGAGCGCGUCUCAUACGAAGAAUACUCUGCCUUUGGCAGCACUACCCUGAUGGCUUGCGGCGCCGAGAUUGAAGCCCCCAGGCGGUACCGCUUUGCCUCUUAUGAGAGGGAUGUCGAGACUGGGCUCUCGUACUGCAAUGCUCGAUUCUAUGCUCCGUGGCUCUGUCGAUGGAUAUCUACAGACCCUCUUGGGCCUGUAGAUGGGCCUAAUCUGUACCGGUACUGCAGGAAUGACCCUAUUAAUUUGGAUGAUCCCGGUGGAACAUUUCCCAACCAGGACGUGGUACCAGACUCCGGGUUAAGGGGCCCCCCACGCCCGCCAGACAAUAGACGUGGACGGCUCGACUCAUCUGAGCUGCCCGACGUGCCCGACGAGGGGGAGGGGGAGAAUCAAGUGCCGCGGAAUGGUGGCGAUGGCGAAGUCGAGAGUAUAAUCUCCCUGUCUGAGAUUCUCCAUCUAGUCGAUCCUGAGGAGGUUGAUGCGAAUCAAGCAGGAUCUAACAUUCAGCCGGAUCUCGACGCCUCCGCUUUCCGGGUACCCGAACCACUCGACUCUUCUAUAGACUUGAAUGAGGUUGAGGUAGAGCAAGAGAAGUCGGAUCUCGCAUCUCAAGAGGCGAGGUGGUGGCAGGAAAAAGUCGGAUAUAGGUUAGAGGAAGCUGUCCACGAGUUUGUCCAGGGCCUUAAUCCAAAGCCGAUCCCUCAGCCCAAGCCGACUGAAAAGAAGUACACGUUCUUGCAGAAGGUUUGGCACACCUUCUCUCCGUGUGCUGGAGUGCCGGCAGGUGAGAGAACCUAUAGAGCGUCCACGUAUAACGCAAAUGGGUGGAAGCCCAAGUCGGUAUUCUCGAGGGGCCUUGGAGAGACAAGAUCGAAACGGCGUUAA